AUGCCACAACCUGCCGCAGCACAAGAAAGCCGAUCGAAACCGUACGACCACCGGGAGACCCGGGGGAGCCUGGGGGAGGAUGGUGGUGUACGAGGAUGGUGGUGUACGAGGAUGGAGUACAAUGUACAUGUAUACCGUAUGCUGUAUAGAGUACCCUAG